CUCCUUAGUUUCUCGUCUGCAACUUCUUCUCAUGAACGAGAAGAAAGCUAAUGCAUUUACUUGCACUACGAGAGAUUUGAAUUUAUACAGAAGCUUCUUUUGAUGGUAUCCCUUGCUGUUUUUUCAUAUAUAAGCAUAUAUAUGUUAUAUACAGAAAAAACAUUUUAUAAAUCAAAACUAUCAAGGUUUAUUGUGAGGGGGUACUAGGGCUUCCACAAUGGCGUGCUCAUUCUCCAGGGAGCUUAGGGUUUCGGCCGCCGUUCUCCUUUGCUUCUCCCUUUUGGUUUCUUCUCCAUGGACUGCAUACAGUGAAGAGGACGACCCCGAGGCCGGCGGGGGAUUAGGGGGUGGAGCUGCAGGCGCCGGCGUCGGAGGUGGAGGGACGGGAUUCGGCGGUGGAUCGGGCAGUAGGGGGACAGGUUUUGGCGGCGGAGGGGUAGGGGGUGGGACCGGAUUUGGCGGCGGAGCAAGCGGUGGAGGGACAGGUUUUGGAGGCGGAGGGAUCGGUGGUGGAACCGGAUUUGGCGGCGGCGGCGGCAUCGGUGGGGACGAUCCACCAGAGAUUGUUGACAAAGCUUUAUUAUGUCUCAGUGAGAAACACAUCUACAGUAGAUGUGAAGAAAAGUGGAGGCUAACGGCGAUCGGAGAACUCAACAUUCCUCGGACGUACACCGACAACUUCUGCGGCGGACCAUGCCUCGAAGAAACACAUCUGGCUCUCAAUUGCAUAGAGAAUAUUCUCCACAACUUCAGAUUCUUCAACAAAGCCACGACCCGUGACAUUCGAAAUACUUUGAAAGCAGGCUGCAGCUUCGGACCCGAACGAGGCGAUUUCAAUGUUUUGGAGCACAUAGAAGAUGGAGAAUAUGGAAGCGGGAUGAAGACAAGAUCUGCUUCACUGCUGGGGACAGCCUUGAUGAUCAUAGGACCUGCUUGGCUUCUCUAAUCCAUUGUCUUUUAGCUCACCUAAUAAUUGAUGUUUUCAGAUCGUAUUUGAAUCUAAACGUAUCAACCUAUAGUAUACGCACGGUUUGUAUAUCCAUAGCUUUGUUUUGCUUAUAUAUAACAGUUUUAUAUUUA